AGGUGAGUGUCCCCCAGGCCCCACCUGCGGAGGCGCCGGCCUGGGCUCGAACCUGGCACUUCCGGGUAAGUUCCUGUUGCUACCCACGCUGCUUGGAGACCGACCUUCUCGCCUUGCAAAUGGGGAAACUGAGGCUCUGCCCAGGCGUCCUGGGCCAAGAUCACCAGAACUGGUGAUCCCGCGCCAGAAUUGGCUGGCCAGGGACUUGAACCCUCCCCGGAGCGCGCCCACCACCUCUGUAUCGUAUCAACCCUGCGAGGACAUGGCAGCUGCCAGGCCCAGCCUGGGCCGAAUCUUCCCAGGAUCGUCCAUCCUGUUCCUGUGCGACAUGCAGGAGAAGUUCCGCCACCACAUUGCCUACUUCCCGCAGAUCGUCUCAGUGGCCGCUCGCAUGCUCAGGGCGGCCCGGCUGCUGGAGGUGCCAGCCGUGCUGACAGAGCAGUACCCGGAAGGCCUGGGCCCCACAGUGCCUGAGCUGGGGGCUGAGGGCCUGCAGCCACUGGCCAAGACCUGCUUCAGCAUGGUGCCUGCCCUGCAGCGCGAGCUGGACAGCCGGCCUCAGCUGCGCUCUGUGCUCCUCUGCGGCAUUGAGACACAGGCCUGCAUUUUGAACACAGCCCUGGACCUCCUGGACCGGGGGCUGCAGGUCCACGUGGUGGUGGACGCCUGCUCCUCACGCAGCCAGGUGGACCGGCUGAUGGCGCUGACCCGAAUGCGGCAGAGCGGUGCCUUCCUCUCCACCAGCGAAGGGCUCAUUCUGCAGCUCCUGGGAGAUGCCGCCCACCCCCAGUUCGAGGAGAUCAUGAAGAUCAUCAAGGAGCCUGCCCCAGACAGCGGGCUGCUGGGCCUCUUCCAAGGCCAGAACCCCCUCUUCCACUGAACUCCCGCCUUCUUGAGGAAAGACCACCUAUCCCCGGACCCCCGUCCCCGGAUCCCAAGAGUGGUGUAGUCCGCCAGGAGUGCCGCCCUCUCGGGAGGGGAGGCGCGAUGCCACGUUCCCAUUGGGCGGCUGCUCCCGGAAAUGCAAAUGAGACUCCUGGAAGCUGGGCGGGAGUUGGCUUAGCGGAGAUGAAGGCGGGGCUCAGCCCCCGGGCCACUUCACGAGGCGGGAAGGGGAGGGGGAAGGAGUGUCACAGACUGUGGGACACGGACUUGCGGAAUAAACAUUGAUGUGACUGUG